AUGGCAGAGACGACUAUCGGGUUUAGGUGCCAGGACUUUGUUUUGGUCGCAGCUGCGGGGUUAAAUGCGUUUUACUACAUUAAGAUAACGGAUACGGAGGAUAAGAUCACGGAACUCGACUCUCACAAGGUGGUGGCCUGCGCGGGUGAAAACGGGCCGCGGACGCACUUUGUGGAGUACGUGAAAUGCAAUAUGGCGCUCAAGAAGAUGCGCGAGCACGGCCGUAUGAUAAGCACACACGCUACGGCAUCUUUUAUGCGUAAUACGCUUGCUGGGGCGCUGCGUAGCCGUGACGGGUUGUAUCCUGUCAAUUGCCUGCUCGCUGGUUUCGACGUACCGGCAUCCGCGGAGGACGAUGUUGCAACAGGUGCGCACCUCUACUAUCUGGAUUACCUGGGCACACUUCAGGAGGUGCCUUACGGCUGUCACGGAUACGGAGCACCGUUUGUUACCGCCAUGCUUGACCGGAUGUGGCGUCCCAAUUUGACAGCACAGGAGGGAGUUGAGCUAAUGCAAAAAUGCUGUGAUGAGGUGAAGAAGCGAGUAGUGGUAAGCAACAAUACUUUUAUAUGUAAGGCUGUAACGAAGGACGGCGUAGAGCGAGUGCAAUCUGUAAGCUAG